UAAAAAAAAUAAUAAAAGUAAAAUGGAGUCAGAGGCUAAAGAAGAUGAAUUAAAUAAAAAUGAUGUAACAACAUUGUGUAGUGCGACUGAUUUAACACAUUCAACUCUACAGGAGGGUAUGAAUAUUUUGGGACGAGUAUACGAAACCACAGAUUAUCACAUUAUUGUAGCAUUACCAGGUCAAAUAAACGGACAACUAAGUAUAUUUAAUAUUAGUGAGGCUUACACAAAAUUAUUGAAAAAUAUUACUCAAAAGGAAUUGUUAAAUAAAUCAACGCUUUUAUCAGAUUUGUAUAAAAAAGGUGAUUAUUUAAUUUGUUAUGUGAAAGAAUCAAAUCCUCAUCGAAAAAGAGUUUUAUUAUCUACAGAGCCCCGUUUGAUAAAUCAAACUUUAAAUUUAAAUAGUUUGAAAGUACUUUCGAAGGUAACAACAAGUAUUAAAAGUGUCGAAGAUCAUGGAUGUAAUUUAGAAACAGGUUUAAAUAAUUUCCAGGCAUUUUUACCAUUUGACAAAGUAGUUCAUAACUAUCCCUUGUAUCCUGGGAAACAAAUUACAUGUGUUAUAACCGAUAUAAAAAAUGUAGAUAAUCAUUAUAUCACAAAUGUAUCAGCUUUAUCUAAUAAUGAAGAAGGAAAGGAAUUUAAAAUAUCAUCUGUGAAUAAUUUUAUUCCUAGUACAAAAUUUUGUUUGAUUGUUACAAAAAUUUUACACAAUGGUCUUCAAGUGCAUUUUAAUGGAAACAGAAUUGGUUGUGUCAAUUACUUAUACUUACAUAAGCCAUUACAUUUAUUUAAGAUCGGACAGAAGUUAGAUGGAAUACUUCUUUAUAUUUUACCGAUUCUUAAAAUUGCUUUUUUUAGUUUAGUAUCUCAAAAGCAUGAACAAAAAAAUUAUUCAUCAUUAAUAGGUAGUUCUAUUUCGAAUGUUAAAGUAUUGACUUACGACCGCAAAGGUGUUAUUGUAGAAUUAAAGAAGAACGUACAUGGAUUUAUACCUUCAAAACACACUGAAAUUGGAUCCGAAAAUAUUGCUUCUAAUUUUUCUACUGGUUCUUUACAUGAAUGUAAGAUUACAUCUUAUGAUUUGAUUUCAAAACUGUACAUCUGUUCUAUAGAAAAAAACGUUAUUGAAGAAACGUUAUUGAGAAAAGUUAAUUUUAAUCCUGGAGAUAAAGCUGAUGUAACUAUCACUAAUAUAGAUGAAAUAAACAAAUUAAUUACAGUUUCUGUUGGAAAAGCUGUUGGAAUCAUUCCUCGUUACCAUAUGUCAGAUCCAGAAACGCAUGUCAAGUUAGUGGUGGGGCAGAGUGUCGCAGCAAGAGUUCUUGAAUCAUCCGGAAAACUUAUUUUCACUUUGAAAAAAUCUCUCAUUGAUAGUGAAUUUCCUAUAUUACACAAAAUAGAAAAUGCUAGUUUAAAUUCAGUUUAUCAUGGUACAGUUUUAAAAAUUACAAACAAAGGAGUCCUUGUUCAUUUCUUUGGUAAUGUGAAGGGUUGGAUUUUAAAACCUUUUCCUAGUUUUGGAUUACUUUCAUGCAAGUCUAAACUUACCCUGGGACAAACUGUUUCAGUUAUAGUAAAAAAUAUUGAUACCAAUAAAAAUAUACUACUGUUAUCACUUUUUAAUGGUAAGAAAGAGUAUUCAAAAGUUAAUGUUGGUGAUAUUGUUGAUGGUACUGUCGUUGAUUCUUCGAUAGAUGGUGUACACAUUCGGGUUACAAUCGAGGGUAAGGAUGAAAUAGCUUUUUUGCCUGCAAGUCAUAUGUCUCCUUGUGAAAAAGUUGGAAAAUUAUUAGCAAUGAAAACCAUUGCUGGAUAUCAAUUAUCAGCAAUCGUAUUUUCCACAAUACCUCAACUUAUAUUGAGUACAACUUUUUCACCCAAAAAUUACUACAAGUUAAGUGAUUUAGCAAUAGGAAAAUUAGUUAUGUGCUCCGUAGUUACUAUCGAUAAAGAUUUUUUAAACGUUUUAGUACCGAUUGAAAAUUUUUCAGGAUCUUGUAAAAUUUAUAAAAAAAGUAUUGAUAACUUUGAAUCCAUUCAUGAAAAUAAAAUAUUAUUGUGCAAAAUUUUAGAUAUUAACAAAAAAACUUACGAGAUAAAGUUAACAGCGCAACUGAACCAAAUAUGCAAUGAACUUAAAAAGCACGAUUUGGAUAUUUUGACAGCUGUUGAUGUACUGAAUAUGUACUUAAGUAAAAUAUCCGAUUUAUCGAGAAAUAUUUAUUAUGCCGAUAGACCUAUUUCUAAAUUUGUUAUAGGUCAACGUAUUAAAGCUACUGUAGAAACUACGACGCUUAAUGGUCUUGUAUUAAAGCUUGACACCAAUGUAAAAGGGAUAGUUCAACGUGAUAAUUUUUCUAAGAGUUAUAAACCAGGAGACAAAGUUGAAGGGCUGAUUGUUUGGAUUAACUAUCCACAUGAAUGUAUUGAAAUAACAUUACUACUUUCUUUUCAUAAAAUAAAUUCUAUACAAAACAAACUAUCUCAAAUUCCUACAGGUAUCCAAUUAAGAGGGGUUAUCGUAUUAAUUAAUGAUUGGUUUGUCAUGGUCGUUUUGACAAAUGAGAAAAAAGGUUCUCUAGUUGCUUUACCGACGAGAAGAAACUUGAAUGAUACUGUACCUGAUCUUACCCUUUAUAAAGUUGGAAGUAAAGUAAAAUGUUAUGGUAUUGUAAAUAGAGAUGAUAGUGUUCCAAUACCUAUUUGUAUAAUAAAAUCAGCAUUUGAGAAACACAAUUAUGUUUGUAAAAAAUCUCCCAACAGCUUAUUAUUAAAAAGAAAAUCUCAGUUAGAAUGCACUGAAAGUCACGUCGUAAAGAAAUUAAAAAAUAAUGAUGAAGAGAAUGUAAAUUUAAAGAGAGGAAAAAGUAGUCAACAUCCGAUCAAAGAGCUUACGAAAUGUAAUGUUUUAGUCGAGUUACGAAAAGAUAUAUUUAUGAAAAAAGAGAAAGAAAGUUGCACAACAAAUCAAGUGAACAACGAUCAAAAUGUUUUUAGAGUUAAAAAAGAAGAAACUGAUAAUGAAUCUUCUUUAGUUAUUUCAGAGUGUGGGUUUAACUGGGAGAAUAAUUUGAAAGAAAAAAUUAACUAUGAAAUAAAUAGUUUUUCUUGUGACAGUGAAGAUGAAACUAAACUCGAUUUUUAUAUCAAAAAGGAACAAUUGAACAAAAAAAGUAUAACUAGAAAAAAAAAAGAGAAAGAAGUUUGUAAAAAUCAAAACGCAAUAUCGAACUAUCAAAUACCUCAAUCCAUAGAUCAGUUUGAAAGAUUAGUCUUGGCAAAUCCAAAUAGUUCUUUUAUUUGGAUUCAAUACAUGACAUAUCAUCUACAUGGGGUUGAAGUUGACAAAGCUAGAUCCGUAGCAAGACGUGCUUUGAACUACAUAAAUUUGCGUGAAGAAGGUGAAAAAUUGAAUAUUUGGAAAGCUUUAUUAAAUUUGGAAUCACAAUUUGGCUCACCAGAGUCUUUAAAUGAAGUUUUUCAAAACGCUCUCAAAAUGAAUAAUACUAAAAUGAUAUAUAAGCAUAUGUUAAUCGUACAUGCCGAAGCAGGUAGAACUGCAGAACUGGAAAAUAUCACAAAUAAAAUGCUGUUUAGAUUCAAGCAUGACAUCGAGGUGUGGAUAAUUUGCGAAACAGUUUUUUUUAAGAUUGGUAUGUGUGAUCAAGCUAGAAACAUUAUGCAAAAAGCUAAACAAUGUUUGCCAAAAAGUAAAUAUAUUGAAUUUACAGUAAAGUUUGCACUUUUAGAAAGUAAAUUUGGUUCAAAAGAAAAGGCACAAACUUUAUUUGAAAAUAUAUUAUCAUCAUAUCCAAAAAAAACUGAUAUUUGGUCAAAAUAUGUAGACGUAUUAAUAAAAUCAAAAGAUUUUGAUAUUGCAAGGAAAGUAUUGGAUAGAGCAUUAUCUAACACGAUGCCUCUACGAAAAAUGAAAUUCAUUUUUAAAAAAUAUGUGGAUUUUGAAGAACAAUUUGGUACACCAGCAAAUGUUUCCCGGAUAAAACAAAUGGCUAUAAAAUACAUUGAGAAACAGUGUGAUGUAAUAAAUAUUAGAUGAGUUGAUUUUUGAAUGACUUGGAAGAACGUCAUUUAUCGACAGAUUUCUGAUAUAUAUUAUUUGGAUUAAUAAUAAGUGUUUAAAAAAAACAGUAAAUUUCAUGUUAAUAUUAGUGAUGCUAGCAAUAAAAUUAAAGAUACACCCA